AUGCACCCGGGCAUGAUCCAUAUCAUCCUCCCAAGCACAUGGACACGGAGAACAGCAACCACCCCCUACACAACCACAAUGACCUCCCGACUCGCUCCCGCACCGCCGCCGCAAUGGCUGGUCGAGCUCAGCGCGACACCGCCGACCAAGACCAAGAGCAACUUCGCCGAUCCCCCCGGCUUCACAGCACCCACCAGCGUGCAGAAGGGCAAAGCAAAGGACAAGACAGCAGCCCGCAAGCCCCCCUCGCCUGAGGAGAUGGACACACUCAAGCUCAAGAAAGCCUGGGAACUGGCGCUGGCUCCAGCGAAGCAGCUGCCCAUGAACGCCAUCGGCAUGUACAUGACGGGCAACAGCUUGCAGAUCUUCAGCAUCAUGAUGGUCUUCAUGCUGUUCAAGGGCCCCAUCCAGGCCAUCUUGAACCUUCAGAACACGUUUUCGAGGCUGGAGAGCGAUGGGAACAGGGAGCAGAUGAUUUUGGUGAAGCUGGCGUUCGUGGGCUGCAACAUUCUCGCGCUUGCGUUGGGGAUAUGGAAGGUCAAUGGGAUGGGCUUGUUACCAACGACAAGAUCAGACUGGCUGGCAUGGGAAAGCGCGAGAGAACCGCUGGAAAGAGCUUAUUUUGUGCCUUCAUAA